AUGACAAACCAAGUUGUUUUGAAGUAUGAAAAGCUAGAGAAAAUUGGAGAAGGUACAUAUGGUAAAGUUUAUAAAGCGAGAAACCGAGAAACACAUGAAAUUGUUGCGCUUAAACGUGUUCGACUAGAAAAUGACGAUGAAGGCAUUCCUAGUUCAGCUUUUCGAGAAAUAUGUCUCUUAAAAGAACUCAAACAUAAAAACAUUGUCAGACUUUUUGACGUUCUGUUAAGCGAGUCAAGGCUAACAAUUGUAUUUGAAUAUUGUGAUCAGGAUCUGAAGAAAUACUUCGACAGUUGUAAUGGUGAUAUAGAUCAGAAUACUGUAAAGCUUUUUAUGUUCCAACUUCUACGUGGUCUUCAGUUUUGUCACAGUCACAACGUUUUACACCGAGACUUGAAGCCACAAAAUCUACUAAUCAAUGAUAAUGGAGAGUUGAAGUUGGCUGAUUUCGGUCUGGCUCGCGCAUACGGAAUACCUGUGCGACAGUACUCAGCAGAAGUUGUCACACUUUGGUAUCGACCACCAGAUGUUCUUCUUGGAGCUAAAUUAUACACGACUUCAAUUGAUAUGUGGUCAGCUGGUUGUAUUUUCGCUGAAAUGUCCAAUGCUGGAAGACCACUUUUUCCUGGUUAUGAUGUUGAUGAUCAAUUGCAGAGAAUUUUUAAAUUAUUAGGAACUCCGACUGAAUCAACCUGGCCAUCUGUUGUUGAAUUACCAGAUUAUGAACCAUUUACUGUGAUGUAUCCUCGUACAAUGAAUUGGCAUCAAGUUGUUCCGAAAAUGUCAUUUCGUGGUCGUGAUUUAUUACAAGGAAGAUAUGUGUUCAUAUUGGAAGUAAACUAUUCUGUGCGAACCUGA